UUGUUAUACUGUCAUAUCAUUUCUAAUUUCUGCAUUUUAUUUUUCAGCUCUGGGUAAUGGAAAAUUAGAAAAAAGGAAUAGUCCGUCAUCAGUCAUAGAGGGUGAUAAGGUGACUGUGAGCUGUAAGAGAAGACGUGACCCAGGUACAGCGACCCCACAAGUGCAGUUUGCAGUCUACAGAGAUGAGAUGAAAUUGCGGGAGUUUGGGUCAUCGGCUACAUACAUCGUUCCGUCAGCUCAGCUGGAGGAUUCCGGGAACUACAGCUGUGCAGUGAGAAAUUCCUCUGGCAGUGUCCGGAAGACUAGCCUGGUCUCUAUUCAGGUAGAAGAACUUUUCAGUACUCCUGAAGUAAGAACUAAUCAGUCAUCAGUGACAGAAGGUGAUGAGAUGACCCUGACCUGUGACACACGUCGUCACCCGGCCAGAGCGGCCACAGAACUGGAGUUUGCUUUCUACAGAGAUGGGUGGAAUGAGCAGGACUUCAGUACAUCUGACACAUACAGCGUUACGUCAGCUAAGGAGGAGGAUUCUGGGAAUUAUACCUGUGAGGUGAGAACCCCCUGCGGCAGAGUGAGGAAGAGGAGUGACGCGUUGUCUAUACAGAUAGAAGCUCUGUUUGAUGACCCAGAAAUAAGAACUAAUCGCUCUCUAGUAACAGAGGGCGAUGAGAUGACCCUGGUCUGUGACACAAGGCGUAACCCGGUGACGGCUACUACAGAACUGGAAUUUGCUUUCUACAGGUAUCAGCGCAGGGUGCAGGAAUUCAAUGUCUCUGCUACAUACAGAGUUCCGGUAGCGCAGCUGCGCUGUUCUGGAAAUUAUACCUGUGAGGUGAGGACCCCCAGACUGACGAAGAGGAGUGAUGUGUUAUCUAUUCAGAUACAAGCUCCGUUUAAUUAUCCAGUGAUAAGAACUAAUCAGUCAUCAGUGACAGAGGGCGAUGACAUGACCCUGACCUGUGACAUAAUACGUCACCCGGCCAGAGCGGCUACAGAACUGGCGUUUGCUUUCUACAGAGAUGGGAGGAUUGUGCAGGAAUUCAGUGCAUCUGACACAUACAGCAUUCCGGCAGCGCACCUGGAGGAUUCUGGGUAUUAUGCCUGUCAGGUGAUGACUCGCCGCGGCAGUAUGAUGAGGAGGAGUAACGAGAUACUUAUACAGAUAGAACCUCUGCUCAGUACCCCAGUAAUAAGAAAUAAUCGGUCACCAGUAAUAGAGGGCGAUGAGAUGACCCUGACCUGUCAAACAACUCGUUACCCGGUCAGAUCUGCGUACAGAGCUGAGCAGAGUGAGCAGGACUUCAAUGUGUAUGAUACGUACAGCGUUCCGUCAUCCCAGCAGGUGGCCUCUGGGGAUUAUACCAGUGAUGUGAGGACUUCAAGCCGUGGUAUGUGGGCAAUGAAGGAUACUGUGAGCCUGGAAUUUGCUUUUUACCGAAAUAGUCACGUUCUGCAGAACUUCAGUGCAUCUGCUACAUACAGCGUUCCGGCAGCGCAGCCGGUGCAUUCUGGGUACUAUGCCUGUGAGGUGAGGACCCCCAGCGGCAGUGUGAGGAAGUGGAGUAACAUGUUAAACAUUGAGGUACAAGCUCUGGUUUUAUCGCUGGAUAUAAUACAAGCUGGAUAUGAGGUAACAGAGGGUGAGGUGAUCACGAUGUCCUGUAGGGUCCAGACCCCGGCUGCAGGAAUACUGGACUUUGCUUUCUAUAGAAAUGGUUAUAAUGUGCAGGAAUUCAGUGCAUCUAAUGCAUACACAGUCUACCAUGCUAAACUGGAGGAUUCUGGGAACUAUACAUGUGUGGGGAGGACUCCCAGCGGCAUAAUGAAGAAGAGGAGUGGCAUGAAACGUAUUCAGGUAGCAGCUCAGUUUGAUCGUCCACGAAUAAAAAUUAGUCCAUCGUCAGUGACAGAGGGUGAUGAGAUGACUCUGACCUGUGACCCAAGACGUUACUGCGGCAGAUCUUCUGCAGAACUGGAGUUUGCUUUCUACAGAGAUGGGCAGAAUGUGCAGGAAUUCAGUGCAUCUGACACAUACAGCAUUCCGGCAGCACAGCCGGUGCAUUCUGGGAAUUAUACCUGUGAUGUGAGAACUCCCAGCGACAGUGUGCGGAAGGAGAGUAUGAACGUGUUACUUGUACAGGUGGAAGAGAAAGGACUCCCACUGCUGAUACUUCUUGGGGCCAUAUACGGAUCUCUUGCGGUCAUAAUCUUCAUCUGUGUCCUCCUUGCCUGGAAAUGUAGAUAUAAAAAAGCUGAACGAAACAUAGCAGCUUCUACCAGUAAAAUUGACAAUUCCCCUGCCACAUAUGCUGUAGUGGCACCUACAGAAUCCUAAAGGAGGACACCAGAAGCCACUGACCAGAUGACGUUGGACCUCAUACUUUUACAUACUGAUCGCUCCCUGAUGAAUUAUAUAUGCGUUUCGUCUGUAUUUACACACCUGACAACGUGGUUUCUGCAUCGUGUGCUUGGGAUAAAUUUUGACCCAUAAGGAGACACAAAAGGAGAAAAUGAUGGGGGGAACAGGGUGAGAAGGAAGGAUGGAGAAGAAGGCUCUCAUUACUGUCCUGUCCUACAUCCCUUAGCGCAUAAAUCCCUCCAUGUAUAAUGUGUGACUACAAAAAAAGAACAAAUAAUUGUACAUUUUAUAUUUAAACAUGUUGCAUAAAAUUGACAACUUGAUAGGUAUAGUGUACAUAUUACAGCAGUUAUAUUCCUAUUUAACACAAAAAAUAUAACCUGAAGUUCUGUAUCGUGCAUGUACCACUUAAAAGCAUAGGUAAAAACUCAAAAUACUGUAGUGCCGCUGUCUUUUAUGCCCUUGAAGGCUAAGGAGGAGUUGGACAUAACUAGAUGAAGAGGAGCAUUUACAAUAUGUUUGUUUAUAGUCACUUCUUCAGUUUCAGGUCUGACAUUGAUGUGUAGCUCUGUUGUUUAAUAUAGCGCAAUACAUUCCUCCGGCCUACAGAUGUCACUGUUGUAAUAUAUAAUAUUGAUGUGCGUUGCGGAACGGGGCUCGUGUGUCAUUGGGCAUACAGUAUGUGUUGGGGAGUUUUAUUGGCGGAAAAUACACAAAUCUGUCCUGUGCAUGCACAGAGAAGAGACACAAGCCUGGAUCUGUAUGCAAGCUCUGUUGCAUCGUUUUGCUAUUAGUGUGACUGCUGCACUAUACAUUAUAUUAAGUUGCGGUUGACUAUUCACAUUUCUUGUUAGCUGUAUUUGUAUCGCUGCAAUUAAGAAAGUUUCUGCUUGAUUUUUGUAAGGGAAAACAAUGGAAGUUUAUAUUUAAUUUCAUAUAUACUUUGUAUUUGUGCAUUUAAUUGGAUUUUAUAUGGUAAAUGCGACUUCUGCAUUCAUUAUUAACACUGUCCAGAUGCUAUUCUGUCUUAUGUAUAUGACACGUCCUUAUAGCGUUGUACUGAGCGGGGUCAUGUGACGCAUGUGCAAUUUUCUGACGCAUUUCAUGCCUGAGGUUUAUACAUGAGGCCCCUAUUAAGAGUCGGACGCUCCCGGAAAUGCAAAAUGCGUUCGCAGUCCUUUCACAUCUUUGCGGCUGAUUCAGAGUCAGUCACUGUGAAGAAUCAUAGAUUCUUCAUAAUAGCGGAACAUGUGGGAAAUAAUCAGAAACAUAGCUGAGGGCUAUUUGCAGGUGGGGGGGUGUAUUUCAUAUCCCCCACAAGUACGGUUUCCAAGAUAUGAAACAUUUCAACAAUCCCACAUUGCCAACGCAGGAUUUACACCCAUAUGGUAGAUAAACAAGCAGAGAGUAAUAUAGGCACCGCAUGUCCUACAUUAUCAUAUCGCAGGGGACGUUAUGCACAAUUAGGGGGAUUUAAGUUAAUUGUGAGUAGAGCAGUUCAGGGCUGACCCCAGCCUAAUUAUCUAAUCAGCCAAUGAACAGGGCCUUAUGUGACGUCAUCCACGGUGUGAUACUCUGCUGAUGAAAGGUGUGACCACCGGUUGUUCUGGGUUCUGACUCUGGAGAAUCUAUGCUUGGCAUGGAUGUUUGCAACCUGCAGUCCCUGCAAUUUCCUUCCGACUCUCCCAGGACAGAUUAGCUGCGUGUUAUCUCUGUAAGGUUUGUCAUGUUACUUGUGCACUGUGUAACCAUUUCUUGGUGACAUUUUUUGUCUAAAUAAGCAUUGUACCUUUUUUGUAAGCUUCUUAGUUAGUUCAUCUAUGCUCCCAGAACGCAGUCCUUUGAAGAGAUUGUGAGACCACUAGACUAUGUUAUAGACUUGUUAAUUGCUGACGCAGGUGGCAUAUACCGCGUACUGCGCGGCUGUUUGAGUUGUCGUGCCUGUAUAAUUGGGGACAUCAAUAAUGCACUGUUAUAAAGUGCCGAAGUAGGGUGCGAUAUCACAGACUGCAUGGAUGUGUCAUAUCACCGUGCCUGUGCGCAAUUGUUUAUAGAGGUGUCGGGGGACCUGUGACCCGCGUUGUAAAGUUAUCACGGGUGGUGGCGGCGCACUGUGUUGAAUUACUGCGCUCUGACCAAUAGUCCAUUGAGCAGAGGGUCACAUGAACAGGUCAGAGAUAAAGGGAGGUCCCUGAAAGUCACAUUUGCAAAUUUUGAACUGCGACGCAUUCCCCUUCCCUAUUGCUCCUUCCCCUUUAGUUGCAACCGCCGUCCUCUUGAUAAACCUGUGUGUGAUGAGACUGGAUUAGAACGAUACUUUAGAACAUACCAGCAGGCUUCCCCAUCCCAAUUGAGCCUGAAGCAUUCUUAUUUGUGCAAAACUAGUGCAUCCUACAGUGAAAAAUCACUUUUAAAACUCUUUUGGGUCAUUUGCAUAAAUUAGCGUUGUGACCGGAUGCGCCUCACUGCCUGCGCCAGCCAAUCACAGACGUGUUUGGGUCUCAUGGGACCUGGGCCAAUAGGGGAUUCCCUCUUACCACCAAUAACCGGCUGUUACUGAGUUCCGUGUACAAGACAUGUUUUGCCUUGUAAGUGAUUGCCCCUUUAAAAUAAAAUGUCCGCGUUCGGCCGGCAUCCCGCACGACCGCUGAUCUCAGCCACCAUUACAUGCGGCCCCAUAUUACAGAUUUAAUAAAGUGCAGUUUGCAGGAGUUGUCUCAUGUCCAGUGCUCGGGUCUUGUAGGAUGAUCCUCUAUGAAUUUAUUUCUAAAAAGAAAUUUUUUAUUUUUUUUAUUUUUUUUAAAUACAUUUUAUGUAUUUCACCACGGAGGUAUAAGGGGAGAUUUAUCUAAUCUUAAGUAUGAAAAUGUUUCUGGAAAUAAAAAGGUUAAAGCGCGCAAUACAUCCAUGUUGUGCGGUAUAAUUCCCAGUAUUGUGUUUCUGUAUAACUUUUACUACAUGAUAAAACAAUUAGGACAGUAUUCCAAGUGGAGGGUUAGUGAUAUGAAAUCAACACUUAUUGUAUAGUACUAAAAGUAUAUGAAUAAAGUGAUUACAGAAUUACAAAUGCAAA